ACACCGAGGACCCCACUUUCCACGCCCCAACUUAUGAUUCACACCUCCACCGACCCUCAAAGUCGAGUGCAGUGGGCGCGACAUGGCAUCAUAGCAUCAUGACACGUUGGAUAAUACCUCGAUGGUGGGGAUGGCAAGUGCAACUUCCCCUUGACCAUCACCACCAAACCGUCUCCUGUUCCCACUCUCGUACGAAGUUUACCAGCCUUCCUUCCUUGCUUGGGAGCUCUUCCACAUCAGGCAGCUGAGUUGACCGGCCGCAAUGACGUUUGAUAGAUUGAGUGGAAGGCACCGGAGGAUAUUCACCUCGUUGACCUGUCCGUCCCUUCCUCGUGGCAUUAGAACCCUACAACAAGAUGACCGGAGAGGUGUCAGCUUUUUCUCGAAACAUUUGACUUGAUCCUCUUCCAACACCAUCACCAGUUUUGUUUCUUGCACCUGGCCUUGCUCAUUGCUACUCUUCGAAUACAACACGCUAUCUUGUACAGGCACCGACACAUUGCACCACAAACAUGUACACCGCCACCUUUGUUGCAGCCGCUGCUGCUCUGCUUUCUCACGUGGAGGCCUUGAACAUCCUUAUCACGAACGCUGACGGAUUUGGAACCGCCAGCGUUCGCGAACUCUACCGCCAAAUGACUUCCAUCGGCCACAAUUGUUACGUCGUUGCCUCUGUUGCUGCCCAGACGGGUGCUGGUCUCCAUGCAGAAUUCACAACCAACCCCCGACUGGACGCCGAUGGAGAUUGGGGUCUCGUGAAAGCUGGCGCACCGUCCCUUGGAACUGAUCCGACCGACAACCACAUAUGGUAUUACAAUGGCACAGCGACAGCGCAGGUGCUGGUGGCAUUGGACUACAUAUAUCCUACCAUUUCUCGGCUCGAAGCCCCCGACCUCGUCAUCUCGGGUCCCAAUUCUGGGUCAAACUCAGGUGCUUUCCUCGAAACUUUGUCUGGGGCCAUGGCCGCAACUUACGUUGCUAUUGAGCGUGGAAUCCCCGCCAUGGCAUUCUGGACUGGCAACGAAGCCACCGUCUAUUCGUCACUCAACACUAGCACCAAAGCUGGGCUCCAGGAUCCCGCCACCAUCAAUGCUCGCCUUGCCUCUAACCUUGUGCAAGCUUUCAUCAGCAAGGCAAACGGAGAUCGAGUGCUUCCCGAGGGAUACGGUGUGACUGUCGACUUGCCCUACAUCACAUCCGAGACAAGCGACGAAUGCACGAACCCCCCUUUUGUUCUGACGCGGGCCACCCAGGACGUGGGAGUUAAAGUUGCGUACAACCACAAGAGCGGCGUCUUCAACCGCAUGCACACCGAUACUGGCUAUAAGCAGUUUGAGGCUACCAACACGGUAAGCACCGUUGCGCCCAAGUGCCUUAGUGCUGUUACUGUCUUUUCCCUUGAUUACGACGCCAGCCACCGGAGGCAGUGCUUCAACCUGGCAGAUGUGACGGCAAUCAUUCCUGUCUUGGUACACUCCAAUGGCACGACACCACUCACGGGAGGAUUGGGGGCCAAUGCUUCAAUCGCGGGCAAUAGUAGCUCGCAACCACCAACUCCUGUGGAGGCCCCACCACCAUCGGGACAAACUGCUGUUACUAGCAUCGCGACACUGGCUCAAGGGUCUGUCAAUUUGUUGGUUCUUGGUUUUGUGGUCGGGAUGACGCUGUUGUAAGCUACAACAAAUGAGAGCGGUGGAACGAGAUAUGGGGGGUUUUUGGGUGGCGAUAUGAAGUUUUACACAUAUGUCGUCGUUUUACCUGUAGGACUUAGAUGGGUG